AUGAACACCGAAACGCAGAACAUCUCAUCAACUGAACAAAUCACCACCGAUGUGCUGAGAUCAAUCGUCAACCGUGCGCUGGACGUUCCAAGCGGACGGCUGGGAGAUGGCGAUUCACGACGGCUCCUGAAGCUCAAGCAGCAGAUAGAACGCCAGAACCACAUCAUUUCGGAGUUGCAGAGAAAGAUUCGCGAAAAGGAAAACAUGAAGCCAAAGGCGGGCAGCGACAGGGAAGAGAUAAUUUUCCUGAAGAACCGCAUCAAGAAGGAAGUGGAGCUCCAGCACAAGCUGCUGAAGACCGUGGCCACUGAGCAGCACAAAAACGCCAACGGUCCGCAGUGGGAAACUAUCCGUCUGUGUCCUGAUAAGCUGGCCGAGCACUGGUGCAAUCCGUGGAUUGUGGGCGGAACGGUGGAGAUUGAUCAGAGAGGGUUCUCCUGCGAUUCGAAUCAGUCGCCAUUAAACGGUAGCGAUUUGGGAUCGGACCACACGGCCGACCACAACAACUACGAUAAGCUGCCAGAGCGUAUCGAAAAAGAGCUCAUGAAUCGGGAUCGUGUGAUCGAGAUUCUGCAGAGUCGCUUGGAGCGACUUACCGUCGAUGUGCGCAAAGUGAAACGUGCCAAUGAAGAGUUUAACAUCCCCAGACCAGCGGCCCCGGAAAGCCCACGGUUCUGCGAAGCAGACUUGUCUCGCCGGCUAGAGUUCUACCGUAACAACACGGAAACGUUGGGCAAAAACCUCAAGCAGAUGGAUCAAGCACUGAAGACCAUCCAGAAGGAGUUGGGUGCACUGUUGGACACUCCUGAAGAGGUGGGGUGUAGCAAAUCGUGUAACCGGCCCUCGAACCCAGAGACGAUUGAUUUGUCGUCGGAAGACUGGCAAACGCCAUGUCACACUCCAGCCAACGACGGCGUUCGCCAUGCUCAACAAGAAACUACGCGUCCCAGUGUCUGCCUGAAGGAUGUGGAAGUUCGGAAGCAGUACGCGCUCCUGUUGCAAGAGUACACCAAAAAGGCGUCCGAAUGUCGGCAGCUGACGGAUCGUCUCGCAACGGCAAAAAGCGCCCACCGGGAGGAACACUCGACGGUGGAUGCCGAGCGGGAGAUGCUACAGACUCGGUGUUCCGAGCUGUUGGACGAGCAGGACGAGUUUCGGGUGCUACUUCGGGAGCAGACGGUCCAGCUGGAAGACUAUCGGACCAAGUUUCUCGACGCCCAGACAAAGAUCGAAGAGCAGAAGCUUCAGAUGGACAAACUGCGGGUGACCAACCGGCGUGUGGAGCAACAGAUCAACUUUGAGAUCGGGCAGAUCAAGAAAAAGUUCCAGGACAAACUGCGCGAGCUGACACCGUACCCACGGCUACUGGAAGACGAGCAGGUCCAGGUCGAGAAGCUGAAGCACUCUAACGAAACGCUCUACGCGGAGCUGGAACGUUCGCUGAAGCAGGUGAAGCUGCUCGAAGAACAACUCCACACCCUCCGGUCGUCGCAGGAAGGCGAGAUACAAAAAGCGGUGCACCUGCUACAGGUGGAGCUGGAACAGCUUCAGCACCAUCAGGAGUCACUCGAAAAGGAGAAACAGACGGCACUACAGGAAGCGGCCCGGAAGCAGAUCGAGCUGGACGAACUUCGCACCGAAAGUGCCAGAAUUAUUGCACGUACGACCCAACGCAUGGAGCAGGAUCGAACGUUGGCCCAAGAGAAGUACGCUCGGCUGGAGCAUGAACUGGCCCAGUGCCGGGCCGAAGCGUCCUUUACGGUAGCGAACCGCGAGGAAGCGUUGCGGGAGAUGCACCAUCAGAUCAAAGUGCUGUCGGGCAGCUUCGAUGAUGCGCAGCUUCAAAUUCAGUCGCUCCGAAAUCAGCUGGCAUAUUUGCAGAACGAAAAGCUUCUCUGCAUGGUAUGA